AUGGCUGUCAAAGCUGUGGUUAGCUCUACGACCCUUGCGUUGAGAAUCUUCGCACUCUUAUCUUUACUGGGUUCACUAGUGAGAUUGGUUACAAACAGUUUCAUAUUCGGUGAAGAUCACAAAAUAACUUUCAAGGAUAUAACUACGUACAGGUAUGUGUUUUCAGCUGCUGCUAUUGGGGUAUUGUUUACACUAUUGCAGAUACCUUUCGCCAUCUACCACGUUUGCUGGGCGAAGAGGAUGAUACACCCAGAACUUUUGCUCAACUUUGAUUUUUAUGCUGAUAAGAUAAUUAGCAACCUGUUGGCUGCUGGAGUUGGUGCCGGUUUUGCAUAUAGCAUGGAGUUGAAGAAAUUUCUUAGUGGCCUUCUCGAUAGCCUAAUAGUUCUUGGAGUUCCUGAAGCAGAGAAUCUGAAAUCAGAGGCAAGUAAAUUCCUUGACAAGGGGAAUUUUGCCACCAGUCUUCUGCUCAUUGGAUUCAUUUGCGUGGCGGUGCUUUCCGUACUUCCCUCCUCUAUGCCAAGAGAGAAUCGUAGAGGUUUCAUCGGAGGAGAUUCUUCGAAUUAA